AUGGCGAAAGGAUCCAAAGAUAAAUUGAAAAAAAAGAAGAAAUUAGAGGAACGAGAAAUUGUGAAGAAGCUUAAAAAGCAGGUUGAUUGUAAAUUGAUUUAUAAUAGUCGAAUUAAGUCAUGUGAGUUCGAAUUUUAUUUUAGCGAUGCAAAUCUGCAAAAAGACAAGUUCUUGCGCAAGAUGAUUGACGAAGACGAAAACGGAUAUGUCGACGUUGCUAUAUUUAAGAAAUUCAACAAAGUUAAAGCCCUCACUGACAAUUUUAGCUUAGUUAUUAAAGCUAUCAAGAUGUUAGAUGGAUUAGAGAUGAGUGAGGAUGGAGAAAGGAUUAGGCGUCGCACUACGAUACCAGCUGCAGAAUGUAUUGAUGAAAGAACGAUCUAUGUGGAAGUUAUCCCAAAGCGCGUAGAUCACGAGUGGGUGAGGAAGCACUUUGAUAAAUUUGGAGAAAUUCUAUAUGUAAGUAUCCCGAAAUAUAAAAGUACAGGAGACAAUAAAGGUUUUGCCUUUGUUGAAUACAAAGAUCCUGAGAAUGCACAGAAAGCCUGUAGAGCGUACAUCGAAAAUUCAACAUUUAAUGAUUCAGAACUUGAAAAUAAUUCUGGACAGGAGUCCGGAAAUGUUGACCACCUAGUUAAGAAAAGAAAAUUGAGCGAUGAAGACGUUAAGAAAGCGAUACAAUCGAUCGAAAAAAAGCCUAAAGUAGAUAAAGGAGAAGAGAAAACCGUCUAUAGUGAAGUAAAGUCUGAUUACAAUAAUUCAGAGAUGGAUAAAUCUAAUCAAACGGUUGGAAAAAAUCGUAAGGAUAGUGAUAAGAAAAUUGAUGAAACAAAAGAUUCGAAGGCCGCUUCGCAACGAAAGCCUAACGCAACCAAUCAGCCGUUUAAAGUAAUCUCAAAACUUAAAUGGCUCGAAUAUAAAAUGCAGUAUAAGGAACAACAGAAGGAACGUAUGAGAAAUAUUAAACAGGAUUUCAAUAGAGAAUCAGAUGUAGCAGAACAGCCAAUAAAUCGCAAUAAAUCCAAUAUAAGCUAUCAACCGGGUGUAAUUUUGUGUGUUAACAGCUCAAGCGACGAUGGAUUACAAAAGAAAGUUAUUAAAUCAAUGAUACCAGAUGCGGUGAAAGUUCAAUAUAUCGAUAUCAUUGAUGGAAAUUCUACUGGUUAUAUUCGAUUAGCGUCUGAGGAUGAUACUAGCAAAUUAUUAGAAAAAUUCAAAGACACUAAUUUAAGUGAAUCUAACUCCGAAAUUAAUCUUAACAUUAAGUGGCAUAAACUAGAAGGAGUAGAAGAAGAAAAAUAUUGGGAAAAAAUAAUUGAAGAUAAGAAGCACCGAACUCAUAAACAAUCUAUCCGAAAGAACAAGAAGGGAUCUGAAAAGAUACUGGAUAAAGCCGAAAAGAGAGUUUCAAAAACGUCAUCAUCGCAUAUCUUCUUUCCUGAUAGCUAA